AACACCAAACACUCCCACAAUUUAGAGUGAAUAUUUUGGUUAAAUAUUAAACAAGUGAAACUGGUUUAUCAUUGACACUGCAAAAACCAGGAUAGAGGACAUCUGACAAAAUAUAAAUUGGCACCUAAAUUUAGUGCAGAAAAAUGGAGGACGAAUGGAAAAUUUCAGGAAAUGAAACACUUUCUAUAGUUGUAGAGAAGGACACAGGGUUCAGCAUACAGGAUAGGGUAUUAAUAGGAGCAGUGACUACUUUAAUAGUGUUGGUAAUCCUCGCACUUGUUCUACGACUUCUGAAACAGCCGUGCAAGCACCGUGUAAACCAAAGCGAGGAGGAGAAGAAGGAUUAUGAUAAAUAUUCAACAAAUUCCAGCUUAGAAGAUUCUUCAUCGGAUGUCUCCUUCAGAACUUCUUCUUCCGGUUACUCGGAGUCCUCGGGAAGGAGCAGUCAAGUCACACAGCUUUCAUAUUGUUCCUCUGAAUUCUCAUUAAAAUCCGAUGAUAGAUUAGUUUCGAUAUCCUCAUCUUUACCAGACUUAACAGGAAAAAAUUCAAAGUCCAUCAAUAUUUCGUCACCAUCAGUUUUUACCCUCAACACUGAACUUAUGUCGAAGCUUUCAUGUAAUUCUGAACAAAUUAAAUCAAAUCUAGACGAUACAGGAAGGACAAACAAAUCUACAUGUAGCAUAAAGUCUGUAGAGCAUCUGAACAGUUCACUGUCAAAUUCUUUCUUGUCUUUAGCAUCCUCACAGUUAUUAGAUACAAAUUCAAGAAACUCCAAGAACAUCACAGUGGAGCAUGCGUACGGGAAAUAUUUACCAAAAUUCUACAAGUACACAGAAUUAAAAGAAAAUAUCGAAUCACAAUCAAUACAUUAGUUGGACUAUUUCUGUGUUAAUGUUUCAAACAAAUGCUUGCAAUAGAUAUUUUUAUUACAGAUAAAACAUGUUAUUUGAUUGUACAUAUACAUGACUGUGUAUAUAGUGAUAAAUGACGUUUAGUUAAUUCUACAAACAAUUAAUGUAAAGCAAAGCAUGAAAAGUAUAUCAUCUUUAUUAAGGCUUAUUUAUUAGUUCUUAAGCGAUGUUUUGUGCAUGAUAAAACUGCUGCAAGAUAAUGAUUUGUGAUAUAUUUAUGAUUUUAGAUGCAUUCAAUUUCUUUCACGACAUUUUUGUUUGAAAUUUACGACUACAGAGUAGAAAUCUAAUGUAUGCGUCCAAACACGUCCUUUCAGUUGUAUAAUUUUAUUCCACUUUAAUUCUCAAUGCAAAAUGUACAUAAAUAACAGCUUUUGUGGUCUCUUAAAUUUAAUGACUUUCCUUAUUGAAAGUCUUUGUAAAUGAUGGUAUGUAAAUUGUCUUACAAGGUAUU